GCAUGAAAAGUUCCAAUACCUUUCCGUUAUGGUCAUUACGAAGUGUACGACUUCGUAUUAUUCUACUUCUUGCGGCUGCGCUUUGUAUCGAAGGUUUAAUGCGUAGCAAUAUGAAUAUGGCAAUGGUAUGUAUGGUGAAUUUAACUGCUGUUAUGCAGUUUGAACAAUCAUUUACCGCUCAAAAGCCGGAAGAGUCGCUAGUGAACCAUACUUACAGCAUUUUGCGAAAUUCAUGUGCCAAAAUAUUUGAACGUAAACGAAGUUACAAUGGUGAAUUGCUGUGGACAAGUGAAGAACAGGCAUGGAUUUUUGCUGCAUUUUACGUUGGUGGUCUGAUUGUUCUCUUUCCAGGAAGUUACCUAUGCGACUGGAUAGGACCAGCUCAUACGGUACAAAGUGGGGCAAUUAUUAAUAUUAUCGGUUCAAUAACUACGCCUUAUAUUUCACGCAAAGUUGGUGUCAUGGGCAUAAUUGUCAUACGGUUUUUGAUGGGUUGUGGCCAAGGUGUACUGAUGCCAUGCAUGAAUGUACUUAUUGCUUAUUGGUUUCCGUUAUCGGAAAAAAGUACGGCUGUUGCCUUAGCAACUACUGGUAAUCAGUUAUCCAUAAUUUUUGCAAUGUUCAUCACAGCAGAACUCUGCCAGAUGUCACUUUUUGGUGGUUGGCCAGCUGCAUUUUAUCUCUAUAGCUUAUUAGGCAUUGGUUUGUGUUUUGGAUGGUUUAUAGUGGUUAAGGAUGUACCAACUAGUGUGAAACAUAUCACAGAUACUGAACUGACUUAUAUCACUGGUUCGGCACAAGGACGUGGUCAGAAACGCGUAAUUCCUGUGAAUGUUCCAUGGCGAAAAAUAUUAUCGUCAACUGCUGUUUGGUCUACGGCAUUAAGUUCAUUUUGUCACUCAUUCGUAGUUGUUGGUACCGUGACUUACUUACCUCUCUAUUAUCGCACUAUACUUAGUAUGGAUCUCACUUCUAACGGUGUACUUUCGGCAUUGCCUUUCAUUUGUCAGUUAGUAAGUAAAUUGGCAUUUGCGGGUCUCGCAGACAAAGCAAAGGAAGUCGGGUUUUCUCCAAAUCAGGUUACAAAGAUGUGCAAUUUAUGCGCAUCACUUGGUGGAGCAUGCUGCUUUACUGCAUUAAUAUUUUUUGACUGCAGUCAUCGGAAUAAGGCAGUAUUUUUCAUCUGUUUGGCCAUGGGUAUUUUAUCUGGCUUUGUUCCAGGAUAUAAUACCAGUAUUGUAUGUAUUGCUCCAAAAUAUACAUCAUCAGUGACUUCAUUCUGUAGACUUUGGGGAACAGUUGGUUCCAUCACCUCACCUUAUAUUAUUGGAAUGAUCACCAUAAAGAGUGUUAUGUCAGAAUGGCGUACAGUGUUUAUAAUUAUGAUAUGCGUGUUAACAUUGACCGGUGUAAUUUUUCAAUUAUUUGGUACAGUAAACGAACAGGAAUGGGCCCAAGAUGCAUCCGGUGUUACAAUCCUAAAUUACAUGAAUUCACUGAAUGAAAAAGAAACAGACAGGGCACUGAAAGUAGAGUUGGAAAAAGGUGUUUAG